ACGCCAUCCCUCUACCCGCAUCUUCGUUGGUAGUUAAACACCUCGCCCCCCCCCAGGCCUGCCACAGCUUCGAAGCCUCGCCGGCUGGCCCUCCGCCAUCAUGGCGACCCCGGCCCUGCCACACAAGUCAAGGCGCCCGUCGUCUUCGACGCAAGCCUCAUCUCAACAAAGCUCCGAGUCCGAGAUCGGGCCCUUCAGGAAGCUUUCCCACAUCGGAAAGGGCAGCUUCGCGGAGGUCUACCGUGGAAUACACGUCGAAAGGAAACAAACUGUCGCCAUCAAGUCCGUGAACAUGGCCAAAUUGAACAAAAAGCUAAAAGAGAACCUCCUCUCCGAAAUAUCAAUACUGAAGAGCUUACACCACCCACACAUCGUUGCGCUCAUCGGCUGCCAGGAAGCCCCGGCCAAAAUGCACAUUAUAAUGGAGUUCUGCGAGCUUGGAGACCUUUCCGCCUUCAUCAAGAAGCGUAGCAGCCUAGGAGACCAUCCAGAGACGCGACGGAUGAUUCAAAAGUAUCCCAAUCCCGCAGUUGGUGGCCUCAAUGAAGUGACCGUCAGGCAUUUCACGAAACAGAUGGCUAGCGCGCUCGAGUUCCUGCGGUCGAAGAACUACAUUCACCGGGAUCUCAAGCCACAGAAUUUGCUACUGAAUCCCUCGUCCUUGUACUACGCUAGGAACGACAUACUGGAUAGGAUGCCAAUGUCAGUUGAUGCGAAUUCUCUGAUACCAGCAGCUGGCAUUGAAUCGCUGCCUAUGCUCAAGAUUGCCGAUUUCGGCUUCGCAAGGCUUCUGCCUACGACAUCUCUGGCCGAAACUCUUUGCGGCUCUCCGCUCUACAUGGCUCCUGAGAUUCUGCGAUAUGAGAAGUACGACGCCAAAGCAGAUCUGUGGUCGGUAGGAACUGUGCUCUACGAAAUGAUGUGCGGUAGGCCACCCUUCCGAGCCAACAAUCAUGUGGAGCUACUCCGCCGGAUCGAGGAACGGAAGGACCACAUCAAAUUCGUGGAAGGCGUCGUUAUCAGCAGAGUCAUGAAGAACCUCAUCCGUGCGCUCUUGAAGAAGGUUCCAACCGAGCGAAUGUCCUAUGAUAGCUUUUUCAAGGACCCUGUAAUAUGCGAUGAAAUUCCCGGACUGGUCGGUGAAGAUCGUGCACCCGAGCCGGAACUCGAGGCUCCACUUCAGCCAAAGAGCGUUCAGAAGCUGCCUGCGGACGCGCAACAGCGAAUGCAGGACAGUCCGUAUUCCCAGUCGCCACGUGAAAGGACUAGUUUUGGCACCACGCCGCCAUCUCGGCCUAACUCCAGACCAACCUCUGGGCAGAACUUUGGCACUCCACCGCGACCCACCUCAGCGCGUAGGUUCAGCAAUGCUCAAAUGCAUGUAGCUGAGCCGCAAGGGCCCUCGCAAAAGGAGAGACGUCCAACCUUCACAAGUGCCGCGACUGCUCCAACCCGCCCAACGGUUAUUCAGGAUCGAAACCCAGUGCCAGCAGCAAUCGCCAUGGAUCGACGCAACAGUCGCAACUCUCCAUCCCCGACAUCGUCAAUGCUGAAGGAACACCUGGAUCGUGAACGCAUCCCUCAACGUGCAGAUGAGCGAGCUCUUCGGGAUGCAAGGGAACGAGCUGCACAAGAUAUUGCUUUCGAGCGAGACUACGUCCUCGUGGAGAAACGAAGGGUCGAGAUCGAUGCUCUGGCCGAUGAGUUUGCCGCUAGCCCCCAAACGACCCGAGAGCGACCUUCAUCGCCGAAGUAUGGAGCAAUGGUUCGGCGCGCGACCACACAGGGUUCACCUACUUCGACUCCUGGAGCCGCAAACCCCUCUCGUGCAAUACAGAUCGCCUCCAAGCGUCAGCAUCCGGAUGCACUACAUCAACGGAAUGCCUCGUACGAAAGGAGGUAUCGUCCAAGCUUCGAAAGCGCGACGUCGGCAUUAUCCAAGGCCAUGAACAUGGUCAAUAUUCGUGGCCUUGGCCUGUCCCCGCCCUUGAUGAAAGGAGUGUCUCCCCCGCAAGGAUAUUCGGCUUUCCCAACUUAUCCAACCGCCCAAAGUAGUCUUCUCUUGGUAGGCGAUGCAGGAAAGACUUCAAUCAAAGAUGAAGACACCAGGAUGAUCUCUGCCGUAGAGGACCUCGCUCAACGGAGUCACGUCGUCUUUGGUUUUGCGGAGGUCAAAUACAAGCAGCUUAUUCCGGCUCCUCCGAGUGAUCAGGGGCUUGGAAUUGAGGCAGCCAAUAUGGUUCGUAGGCCAAGCGGGCAGGAUGAUGCUGACGACGAUGACGACGAACUAACCGUCGAUGUCACGUUGCUUAUUUCGGAAGAGGCGCUCGUUCUAUAUGUCAAAUCUCUAGGUAUCCUCAACCGAGCUAUGGACCUCGCGGGAUCCUGGUGGAAUCGCCGUCAACGCACAGUUCCUAGCUCCGAGACAGCUUCUUUGCGUUCUAAUCCCUCAAGUGGAAACUCUACCGCACACGCUGACCGGAUGAACCAUGUUGUUCAAUGGGUUCGCAAUAGAUUCAAUGAGUGCUGUGACAAAGCCGACUUCGUGGCACAAAAACUACAAGACACCCAGAAGCAGCUGCCUGCUGAUCACCCAAACCAUCCAAACAACCGAUCGUCUGGAUCUGGCUCCAACACAACUCUUGCGUCUGCCGGAAAUAUUCACCUGACUACAGGUGUGACUGCAGAGAAAUUGAUGUAUGAGAGAGCUUUAGAAAUGAGUCGUGCGGCUGCAGUCAACGAGCUCGUUGGCCAGGAUCUUCCUGGCUGUGAGAUAAACUACUGGACCGCGAUUCGUAUGCUCGAGGCUAUCAUCGAGGUUGACGACGAUUCACCGCCGCGCGGUCGGAGCGACGACGACAACAUUAACGGGCUCGAGGAUGAAGAUCGUCAGUCUGUAAUCAAACUUCUUGAAAGCAUGAAGGCGCGACUUAAAGCCUUGAAGAGGAAGAUAGAAGCCCAAAAGGCUUCUAAGCGAUUAUCAACGGGAAACCCUGUCCCUCACCCAUCUAGGCGGAGCUCUCCCUCUUCUGGAGGUGUGGCCAGGUAAUCACGGUUGCAUGCCGCCGACGCCCGAGUUCGAAAUCUUGCAUAGCGCAAUCUCGCAUAAACUAGUACCACGGAUUUACUUAUGGAGCCAGGAUGAUUUCGUCC